ACCAUAACCGUAUUUAGGUUUAUGGCUCAGUGCUUUAAAACCCUGAGUAGGUAUUGUUGGGAUACAAAUGCCAACUCAUAACAGAGAUAAAGUAUGGUUUUAUUUUAUCUCUGUUAUGCUUUCAAUAGAAAGAAGAUGCACAACAUCCCAGAUGAGCAUCCUGCAGCAGAGUAGUAUGUAAAGUAGAAAAGAUGACUACAAGCAAGAUAUUUGAGAAUGAGGCUGGGAGGACCAGAAGAGAGAUGGAGUGCUGUUUUGUUGCAACAGUAAAAGCUGCAAACGCAUAUUCACAUAGUUACAAAAGAAUACAGAGUGAAACAGAAUAUAUAAUCUUUUUGGGGUGAUUAAAUAACCUUUUUUUCCAUAGAGGAACAUUUUUAAAAUCGAGAAAAUCAUCCUUCGUAAUGAAACCGUUGUUUAUCUUUUUUGGGUUAUCUUAAUAUUCUGAAGUCAUUUCCAAAGAGAGUAUGAGUCAGAGGGGACUUUUGGCAGGAAACGUAGAGUAACAGCCUUGCAGCUGUCUUAUUUACUUCCUGAAAAAGUAAGGUAAUAUAUUUGCAAAGCCCUCAAGGGAGAGAGAACCAAAUACUGUAACAAGAUCAAGUAAGUAAAUGUUUAUGUGAAAUGAGCUUAGAGGAAUGGAGUAGAUCAGAAGCUGUGUAUCAGAAGCCUUACAAGAGCCAGUUGGACUUUUUCUAUCAAUAUGUGUGGAUCAUUGACUGUAACUUGGGUUGCAAAGAAGAAGCUGCGAAGAGACUAGCUUCCUGUGGAGGUGUGUGGGACCAAACACCAACUGGCCUGUGUAUAACGAUGACCAUAAUCCUGCGAUUGCAAGGCCUGGAUGUGAAGGCAGGUUCAGAAGAUAUAAGGGCAUUCUUUAAAUGCCUUCACAUACCUGAUGGUGGGGUGUACAUAGUAGGAGGAAGUCUCAGAGAGGCUUUUAUUGCAUUUACCAAUGAAAGAGAUGCCCAGCUUGCCAUGCAGUACUCGGGAAAUCAGCUCAAAGGGUCUAAGGUGACUCUACACAUAAGCAGCAUGGAGGAGCUGGAGCACAAAUUAGAGUCACUGAUUAAGAAGAAGAAAGCCUCCCCCACCCAAUUGACUGUGAAGAGACCUCAGCCAUCACCAGAUGCAAAUCUGCCAUCUUUGAAUGCGUCGCCUCAUGAUCCCAGUGCUGCAGAUCCACCACCUUCUACCGCACGGCCACUUGAUCCCCGCACUGCGAAUCUGCCACAGCCUCUGUAUCCCAAUACUGCAAAUCUACAAACUUCAGUUGUGAACUCACUUGAUUCCAAUACUGCCUUUCUUCUUGGGAUUUGUACUGUCCUUCAAGGCCUCCAGUCCUCCCAUAAAAGAGAAAACAACGAUGCAGGGCCAAGAGUUGAUAUCCCCAAGGCUGACAGUACAGUUGUAGUGUCUGAGGUGGGGAGGACACCAGAGCUAAAUCUAAACUCAGGGCCCAGCUACGUCAGGCUUUUUGGUCUGCCAGCCUCAACUACAAAAGAGGACAUCUGUCAUUUUUUCAAAGGGCUGGCAGUACAAGAGGCCAUAGUGAACGUAAAGUUGGGACUUAGCCAUGGCUGCCUUGUGAAGUUUGCAAACAUGCAGGAUGCGUGUGAUGCUCGUCGUUUCAACCAACAGUCACUGGGCCCCAACUGUGUGGAGGUACGUGGAGCCACUGAAAGGAUGUGGACCAGUGCGCUGCAAGAAUGUGAAUAUGCAUUUGAUGAUGGGGAGUGUGAGAAACCCCACCAAAACCCUCUUAGGGAAACUGUAAACCACAAACAAGAAUCCACUUCCGCGCUGCCAAUGAAGAGGCAAUCUGUCAUCUGUUUGCCAUAUAAAUCACCAAAAAAGCUAAGACCAGACUUUGACUCAGCAACUACCUUAUCACCAACUAUGGAGUACAUUGCCAUGGUCAGUAAUCUACCCAAAAAGAUGACCAAAACUGAAAUAAAAGAAUUAUUUGGAUGUCCAAAUAUUGCACAUAAAAAUGUACUCCAUCUUCUUGACAAGGAAGGCAACAGAACAGACACAGCUUUUCUUAUUUUUAACCGCAUUGAGGACUAUGACUAUGCACUGAAUCUCACUGGGUGCCAUGUGGGCUCUGAGGCCAUUGUAGUAUCAUCAAUCACUAAGGAGAAGAUGAGGGACAUGAUGACCAAGACCCAUCCCAGGAGGCUGAAGCAUUGUUUGAGGACGAACACAAACAAGAAACCGUAUCGAAAGAGGAAAUCAGAUCCAGUUGAGACACCAGAAGAAACACCAAGCAUGAACCCAGAUUCAGCUGCACAGACAUGCCUGUUUGUUAGAAACAUGCACAAAGAUGUAAAGAAAAGUCAAAUAAAAAGCCUUUUCUGGAAAUACAAACUGAGGAAGGAUAAUAUCAUCUUACUACAUGACAGUGAUGGUAAGGGUAUUGGUGAGGCUGUGGUUCAGUUUAAGUCACAGAAGCUUGCAGCUCUGGCUCAUGGGCUCCACGGUCAGGACUUCCUGGGGACACAAGUGCUUCUUACCUGCAUAAAUGUGAAGCAGAUGGAGGACAUCUUGGCAAGAAGUUGAACAUUAAUGCUCCAAUGCAGACACAGUGGCCAAAGACUGAUUCUGAGAUCUUAAUUUUCCCUUCAAGAUGAUUGUCAAACUUUUUCUGCAGUGUCAACCUACUGACUUAUUGAAUGUUUAAUUUUAAAUCAAAUGUCAUUACGUUUGGUAAUUGCCGCUAAAAACCCCUUCACAUUCUCUCUGAACAUUCUGUAUAUUUUAAAAAUAAAUUGUGCUUAAACACUG